AUAUAUAAAUGGCCGUAGACACACAGAGAGAGAGAGAGCCUCUCCAAUUAAUUCUCACAACCCACCACCCAAAGAGAAACGUAAAGAUCGACCAUGGGUUUGGCGGAGAGUGGCGUCGUCGUCGUUCUGAUCAUGGCGAUGGCUGUGGUGCACGUGUCCAAUGCUGCUGUGUACAAGGUUGGGGAUUCCGCAGGUUGGACCACCAUGGGUAAUGUCGACUACAAGCUGUGGGCUGCUCCUAGGACCUUUCGAGUCGGUGACGUUAUCCGUUUUGAGUACCUCGCCCAGUUUCACAACGUGAUGCGAGUAACACAUGCAAUGUACAAGUCAUGUAAUGCGUCAAAACCUUUGGCCACCUAUACUACCGGAAAUGACUCCAUUACUAUCUCCACUCGUGGCCACCACUUCUUUUUCUGCGGCGUCCCCGGCCACUGCCAAGCCGGUCAAAAGGUCGACAUUAAUGUGCCUCGCAAUCUUUCAACUGCUCCAUCUCCGUCCGCGUUGGCCUCUCCUCUUGUCCCAACUGCAAGUGCAACCGCUCCUUCCCCCAAUAAGGCGGCUGCAUUGAACGAUUUUAAGGCCGUCGGUGGUUUUGCUAUGCUUCGGUUGGCUAUGGCAAUUGUUGUACUUUUGGUUUCUGCCUCCGCUUGAUCAAGAGUUUCUCCGUUCAAUUUUUGUGGUAAUUUCGUUGUUUUGAAUUCUGAGGGUAAUAUUUAGAAUGUGUUAGUAUUGCGAUACUCAUGGAUUAGACCAUAUACAAACAUGUAUUACAAAUUUACAAAAUAUUCCAAUAAACAUAUUCGGCAUCUUGAUUAAUUAUACUAA